AUGCACGUGUGUGCACCCCCUCGAGCCGGGCAGGGCAGCAAGGAGGCGGGGGCUGCGGCCAGGUACCGGCGCGCGGCGCUGCGGUGGCACCCGGACAAGAACCCCGACGACAAGGAGUUCGCCGAGAGGAAGUUCAAGGAGAUCGCGGAGGCCUACGAAGUGCUGUCGGACCAGCAAAAGCGGGACGUGUAUGACCGCUACGGCAAGGAAGGGCUCGUGGGGGCAGGCACUGGGGGGCCACAGGCGGAUGCUGGGGUCCCCGAGUUCCCCUUCACCUUUCGCAGCGCCUACGACGUCUUCCGCGAGUUCUUCGGCGGCCGGGACCCCUUCGCUGAGUUCUUCGAUGACGUGCUGCCCUUCUCGGAGAUGCGGGGCCCCAGCUCCCGACCCCCGGGGCCAGGACACUUCUUCUCCCCCUUCCCGGCAUCCUCAGAUUUCUUCUCCUCGUCCUUCGGCUCCAAUGCAGGAGUCGGCUUCCGCUCGGUCUCCACCUCCACCACCUUCGUCAACGGCAGGCGCAUCACCACCAAGAGGAUCGUGGAGAACGGGCAGGAGCGGGUGGAGGUGGAGGAGGAUGGCGAGCUGAAGUCCAUCCACAUCAACGGGGUCCCUGACGACCUCGCGCUGGGGCUGGAGCUGAGCCGCCGUGAGCAGCAGGCGUUGGAGAGCCGGCGGCCGCCCUCGCCCCCACUGCAGCGAGCCUCCCCCGUGGCCCUGUGCACAGACAGCAAGGACGAGGAUGAGGACCUGCAGCUGGCCAUGGCCUACAGCCUCCUGCGCUUCCCCGGGCUGAAGAGCCCUGCAGCUCGCAGCCGCUCUUCACAAGGCCUCUCCUGCCCCCUGAGCGUGCGCGUGGCUCCUCCGCACUCGCCCAAGCUGCUCCGCGUCCGCGAGUGGUGGAGCCCAGAGCUGGGCGCCGUACUCCGGCUGCGGCCUCACCCAGGCUGA